UGGUGUGUAAAAGGAAGCUGGAGAGUAAGAAGGAAGCCCUGUUGAUCCUCUCUAAGGAGCUGGACACCUGUCAGCAGGAGAGGGACCAGUACAAACUCAUGGCCAAUCAGCUGCGGGAGCGCCACCAGUCCCUGAAGAAGAAGUACCGAGAGCUGAUCGAUGGAGAUCCAUCACUUCCUCCUGAGAAAAGGAAACAGGCUAAUCUUGUACAGCUAUUGAGAGAGUCUCAGGACCGAAAUAAACAUCUGGGAGAAGAAAUCAAAGAGCUUCAGCAGAGACUUGGAGAAGUCCAGGGCGACAAUAAGCUCUUGAGGAUGACAAUUGCCAAACAAAGGCUUGGUGAUGAAGAAAUCGGUGUGCGACACUUUGCGGCCCAUGAGCGUGAAGACUUGGUUCAGCAGCUGGAGAGAGCAAAGGAACAGAUUGAGUCUCUGGAGCAUGACCUGCAGGCGUCUGUAGAUGAGCUUCAGGACGUUAAAGAAGAGCGGUCUUCCUACCAGGACAAAGUGGAGAGGCUGAACCAGGAACUCAACCACAUCCUGAGUGGGCAUGAGAACCGCAUCAUCGACGUGGAUGCCCUGUGUAUGGAGAACAGAUACCUUCAAGAGAGAUUAAAGCAACUCCAUGAAGAGGUCAACCUCUUGAAAUCGAACAUUGCCAAAUACAAGAAUGCUCUCGAGAGACGAAAAAACUCAAAGGGCCAGGGUAAAUCCAGCAGCAGUGCUCUGACAGGAAUCCUGUCUGCAAAGCAAGUUCAGGAUUUGCUCUCUGAAGAUCAUGGAUGCAGCCUCCCAGCAACCCCACAGUCCAUUUCUGACCUGAAAUCUCUGGCAACAGCCCUGUUGGAGACUAUCCACGAGAAAAAUAUGGUCAUUCAGCACCAGAGGCAAACCAACAAAAUCCUAGGGAAUCGAGUGGCUGAGCUGGAGAAAAAAUUAAGAACUCUCGAAGUUUCUGGCUUGUGGAGUCUUCCAGGCCUGAGCUACAAUGUUUCAGUGGGAUUUGGGAGGGGCAAGGACACCAUCCUGUUCAGUGACCCCACUCUUCCCACCAUACAGAGGUCAAGAUCUCCACUGCUGAAGUUUGUUGAGCAGCCCGCUGAGAACAAAGUGAAUCCCAAGGAUGGGGAGGCUCAAAAGCAAGAAGGAGAUGAAAGUUGUGCCGCUGCCGAGGCGUUGACAGCGCCUGAGGAUGCCGGGAGGCCCGCUGUCAACUCCCCAGCAAAUCAGAGCUGCGGGAACCAGCGCAAGCUCUUUCAUCCUUCAUUACCCCAGUUACCUUCUGAGGAAGAAGAAGUAAACAGGCUUGGAAGAGAAAUAAUUAAACUGACAAAGGAACAGGCAGCUGCAGAACUCCAAGAGGUCAGAAAAGAAAGUCCCCUGGAGGGUCAGAGGGGCGAAACAAGGCCACCUCCUCAGGGCCCGGCCUCUGAGGGGGAUCUCCCCAAAUCUCACCAGGACUCUUCUGUAUCCAGCCAGCCCGCGGCCGAAGCCUCCACCCUGGAAGAUGGCAAAGGGAUCCCAGAAGGCAGAGGCACAAGGAGCACUGUGAAAACAUGAAAGGGGAUGGGAUCUGACACAGUGACACAUGGAGAGCCCCAGGGACGGUCAAAGAUGAAACGUCAGAACAGCACACCAAGUCCUUCCUCCUAAAACACCUCCGAGUCUGCAAGUGAGAAAAACGCUCUGAUCCUGUUGCAAACUGUGAAUAUUCUGGUGAUGCCAGUACAAUUUGAUUUAUUAAAUGCGGGUCCUCAAGCU